GUCAUCGAGUAAUCAUAAUACACUAACUCAAGAUGGUGCAGAUCAAGUUUCUAUACUUUCUUUUCGCUCUGAUGACUCUCGUUGUCCUGGGCUCCCAAAUGGCAGAAGCCGACUGCCUGUCUGGAAAGUAUAAAGGACCUUGUGCUGUUUGGGAUAAUGAGCUUUGCAGACGUAUCUGCAGGGAGGAGAACCGUCAAACUGGACACUGCAGUCCCAGCCUAAAGUGCUGGUGCGAAGGGUGCUAAGGCAGCUCUAUUUCAGUGCAUAUUCUUUCAAUGAAUGAAUAAAAAAAAAUUAAAUAAAAAAAGUUUUACU